AUGCAAGACAGUUACUAGCUCAAUUCUGCAGCACUUGGUGAACUCAAACCACGUAGCUCCACCACAGUCAUCUUUCAAGAUUAUCUACUAGGUGAGGCCAAAUGGUACAACGUGAGCGUCAGAUUUCGGCAUUAUUCGUGUGUGGCGUAGAGGCGUUAGCGAUUUGUCAAUACAACCGCGAAGUCUGUAUGCAGUGGAGGCAUCUUAUGAAUCCCAAGCAAAUACUAACAAUACAACUGAUAUGAACGAUAGAACAAUCGAAGGUGAUCGAAUAAACGCAUCACUAACUCCAUCGACGAGAACAAGCAGAUCUCGCAGAUCUGAACGGGUAUUUCCUAUGGAACAAACAAAAUCUCACACAGAUAGCAGUCAUGGUGGUGGUGGUUUAGAGAUUUUGUCGGCGAAUUCCACCUAUGUCUACACGUAUGCAUCGCCGGCAACUUUGGAACAGACGGUUUUACCCUUGCAGGGUACAAAUCAAACAUACUAUAGUAGUAGUGGAUAUGGGUCAGAAACAGCUUAUAAUGGUUCUUGGAUCAAGCGUAUUCAGUAUUUAUGGAAAAAGUUGGUGAGAAGCGAUACAUCACAAGUGAAUCUGACUACUGCUGCUGCUGCUGCUACGACUACGCAUUCCAGAUUACAAUCUGAUAGUGAAAGGGAUCGUUCAAAAGCGUGGUUGGCCAAACACAUGUUUGGUUUGGAAAGGGAGACUGUGGGACAGGAUUAUCAAUUGAGAAACACAGACUAUCAGUUUGUGUCUAGUGAUGCAGAAGACGACGACAACGACAUCAAUGGAACUAAAAAUGUCCCGACUUGGAUUAAAUCACAUCUGCAUUCCAAAUAUUUAUCUGAACCAAGUUCAAUGCGUCGUGAUUCUGUUGUGCGCACCUAUGCUGUACACGUAAUGAACAGUCUGCGAAAUCUUACUAUUCAAAUAUUGGCUUUCAUAAUGGCUUUCAUAUAUGCUAUUGGGAACAUAUUUAUGAAUAUUGUCGGCUGUCUACCGCGGGUAUAUCGUUGGUUGUUAACCAAGUUAAUUUCUUCAUCAAAUGAGGUGAACAACAGUUCAUCAACAACUGUGUCUUCUAAUGCAGAGGCAACAUGGCAUCCUAGCUCGUUAAGAUUUAGAAGUUCCCAUAAGCCGACUUCUUCGUCGUUCGCAGUGCAAGAUGAUCCGUAUGCCGAAAGACAACGAAAUGAUAAUGAGUAUAAAUGCCUACCCUGGCUAUUACCAGCAAUUCUUAUUUUGUUACCCUUGUUGCUAAUCUUGAGUAUGCUGUUCUCCCCAAUCGAUGGAAUCGCAGAUAAUUCAUCUCUCGGAAUACUUCCAAUUUUCUCUGAUGCCAAUUGUACAUCCGAACUUUCCGAACCUAGACCUAACAUUAGCCAUCUUUGGAGUUUAUUCUCGUGGAGAGCACGUUGUCUGUACAGUCGUUACUUCCUGUCAUCUGAGUUAGAUGACGAUGUCUCUAAUGGUGGAGUAGGUUGGUUACAAUGGAUGUCAUUUUCUCCGCCAAGUAAAUCUGAUGACCACACACCGAUGGGUACAGAUUUUGGAAAAGUCAAUUUCAAUGAAGUCACGGCGAAGGAACUCAUGCAACAGUUGACUACCUUCUCACAAUCAGUUAACAAACGUUUGGAUCAACUGUCACAAAUAGUAAAAACUAAUGCCUAUGAAGUUGUCAGUUUAAGACAAGAAUCCUUCUCGAAAUCCGAUGUGCUUAAUUUACAAAUUAACGAAAUGAGAAAUGCAUUUAAUCAACACUUGGAUGAUUGGCGUCAAUUUUAUGGAAGAUAUGACCAUAGCGACAACAACAACAACAACAAGGAUAAGAAGACGAUACCUAAUGUUAUUGAUCAGAGGGAAUUAUUAUUUCUUCAAGAAAGAGAACGUCUACUGCAAGCGGUCAAUGAAGCAGUCAAUCACAAAAUUGAAGUACAAUGGAAUGCUUUAAGACGCGAAAUUAUUCAAGAUCGUUUGCCAACUGACAAUAUCAGCUUGAGUAAUAUGUCAAUACUUUUGAACAGUUUACACGAUCAGCUGCAUUUCCGUAGUAGGCAAGCUCAGUUUGAGUCACAGAAAUUACGUCUACUAUUGAUGCGGUUAAAUAACGAUCGAUCACAAAAGUUUGCCAACCUUGAAGGUAGAUUACUUCAAUUGCAAACGACUGUGCAUUUAUUGACACUACGUCUUUCUGAUCUAGAAAGAGCAAGCAAGGAAAGCAAAUCCGCUUUAAUGUAUAUUGAAGGAGAAUUGAAAAAAUGCUCUGGGAAUGAGGCAUUAGUCAACCAGUGUCAUGAAGAUGUUAUCAAACAUGUGAAUACGGUUAUUGAAAAUCUCUCGCGUUCACUUUCAGUGCAUAGUAGAGAAACCUUCCAACAGACUGUGAUCAACGAAUUGAAACACGCUGAUGAUGAUAGAAUGGAUUCAUUCCUAAUGAAAUACAUGAGGCAGGCAGUUUCUAAUCUGACAAAGCAGUCGGUCAAUAAAUUGAUUCAUGAUCACGAGAAUAAAUGGCUGCCAAAUUCACUUGGAAAUGAAAUAAACUUGGCAAAAAUGAUCGAUGAUGCACUUCAUAGAUUUGCUGCAGAUAGAACCGGUCUUCCAGAUUAUGCAUUGGAAUCUGCGGGAGGUUCUAUUAUAGGCAUUCGAUGCACAAAAACUUACACCGAAGGUGCAUCCCUGUUGAGCAUUUUCGGGUUGCCAUUGGUUCGUCUUAGUAAUUCUCCUAGAACAAUUUUACAGCCUGGAAAUAAUCCCGGUGACUGUUGGCCAUUCCACGGAAGUAAAGGUCAAGUAAUAAUUCGUCUGUCGAAUCCAAUCAAUAUCACUUCUGUGACAUUAGAGCAUCUACCGAAAGAACUUGCGCCAACUGGGAGAUUGGACUCAGCGCCAAAGGAUUUCCUUGUAAAAGCUUUGCAAUCUGAAUACGAUGAAGACGGAGUUGUAUUGGGAACCUUCAUGUAUGAUGUCAACGACAAACCUUUACAAACUUUUCCCGUCAAAGAAUAUUCUAAACCUGUCCAAUUCAUUGAACUUGUCAUACUCAGUAAUCAUGGACAUCCCAAAUAUACCUGCAUUUAUCGAUUUCGUGUUCAUGGCAACAUGGUUACCGGCUAG